GACAGCAAAGUUUGCUUGUCAGUCAAAUUGGUUUCCCAAAUUUCGCUCAAUCGUGUUCGUAUUGCACAUGCAAAAACAAAUUGUGAAAAAGCGGUAAAUAAUCCUUUCCACCUACGAAAACCACGAAGUGCCGCUAUUACCAUCUCGUAAAUAUGGAUCUGGAGCUCAAAAAGGCAUUUACUGAAAUGCAGGUGAACAAGAUCGAGUCAACAAAGAAGAUCCGGCUGCUUGAUAUGAAAAUGGACAGUCUGAAGCUUUCGAAGCAACGCAUUGAAGUAACGAAUCGACACAUCUCCAACCUUGCUCCAGAAACUAGAGUGUACGCGUCGGUGGGGCGUAUGUACGUGCUGAACGAUGUUCCGACACUAACCGAACAGCUGAAAACGACCCAUGCUUCCUACGAAGAAAUAAUUACUCAGUGUGAAAAGAACAAAGACUUCUUGAUCAAAAAUCUCAAGGAGCAGGAAGAGAGCCUUCGUGAGCUGGUGCAGCAGAAAAAGUCAGAAACAACCGAAACGAAUGGAAAACCGGCGGAAUAAACGCAAUGCGUUGUGAUUUACGUUAACAAGAA